AUGUCAACUGAAGAAGUGCAAGGGGCUGUCGUUUCUCAACAUAAUGAACAUGGUGCGAGUGGACCUAUUCUUGCACCUGCCAUCAAUGGAAAUAAUGGCAACGUGGAGGCUGCACAGGCAGCACAUACGAGCCAGCAGAAUCCCAAUGUUGUUAAUGGUAAUGUUGAGGAGGUAAUCGAUCUUGGUAGGCUUAAAAGUCCUGUCUGGGGUCACUAUACCAAAGUUCGGGUUAGUGGUGUUAUCAAGGCUAAGUGCAACUACUGUAAGAAGUUUCUAGGUGGAGAAUCUAACAAUGGCAUUACUCAUUUAAAGAAUCACACAAAAAUCUAUGUUCAAAAGAAAAUUAAAGAUGGUAGUCAAAAGAUCCUUGGCCCUCAUUAUUUGGCUCAAGGAAAAGAAGACAUGGUUGCUACUGCUUUCAACUCAGAAUUUUCGAAAAGGGAGCUUGCAAUUGCUAUUACUAUGCAUGAGUAUCCUCUUUCAAUUGUUGAGCAUUUGUAUUUCAAGAGGUUCGUGUGCUCUCUGCAGCCAUUGUUCACUGUACCAUGUAGGAACACUAUGAAAAAAGAGGUGUUUAAGAUUUUUGAUACAGAAAGGGGUAAGAUUCAAACUGUGCUUGAUAACAAUAAAGGUAGAAUAGCAAUAACUACCGAUAUGUGGACUGCCACAACUCAAAAGAAGGGAUACAUGGUUGUUACUGCUCACUAUAUCAACAACUCUUGGGUGCUUAGGAGCCACAUGCUUAGGUAA